CCUGCGUCCGCAGCCAUGGCGCUGCGGGCUCGCGGCCUCCUGCUGCUCCGCGGACGCCUGGGCCGCGGGCCCGCGCUACUCCCGGGGACGGCGGGGCGCGCGCUCCGGGGCUUUCGGAGCAGCCGAGUGAGAUAUGAAGCCAUUAUCAUCUCAGGAACUGAAAUGGCCAAACAAAUCCAGAAAGAAAUACAACGAGGGGUGGAAUCGUGGGUCGCCCUUGGGAACAGACAGCCGCACCUUAGUAUAAUUUUGGUGGGAGACAACCCAGCAAGCCACACAUAUGUGAGAAAUAAGAUAAGAGCUGCUACUGCUGUAGGUAUCUGUAGUGAACUCAUUCUAAAGCCUAAGGAUGUGUCUCAGGAAGAACUUUUGGAUAUAACUGAUCAGUUGAACAUGGACCCAAGAGUCAGUGGUAUAUUGGUUCAGUUACCACUUCCAGGUGAUGCAACUGUGACAAUUGCCCACAGAUACACCCCCAGAGAACAACUGAAGGUCCAUACCCAGUUAGCAGAUAUUAUUGUAGUAGCAGCAGGCAUUCCAAAGUUGAUUACAGCUGACAUGGUUAAAGAAGAUGCUGCUGUGAUUGAUGUGGGCAUCAACUAUGUUCAAGAUCCUGUGACAGGGAAGACAAAAUUAGUGGGAGAUGUGGACUUUGAAGCUGUGAAGAAGAAAGCUGGCCUCAUCACUCCUGUCCCAGGAGGCGUGGGACCCAUGACAGUGGCCAUGCUUUUGAAGAACACCCUUCUCGCGGCGAAAAACAGCUCUUAUCAAAUCCCAGGAAAGAGCCAAAUGAACUGAAGUCAAACUGUGUAUUUAUUUCACAAAGGGCAAAAAACCUUUAUAUUUUACUACAAAGCUAUUUAUUUCUACAUUGUAUUUAUUUUUUCAUGGAUGAAAUCCUUGUGGAUCAGAUGAUUCUGAUCUUUAUGCAUUUCCUGCUAAUGAAUUUUGAGUUUUA